GGGGAGGAGGCUCGGGAGGGUCCAGCAAAGAGCAAGGUGGACUGCGUAUCCGUACACUGGUAGAUGGAUCUCCUUACAUAUUUAGGAGGGGCGGUACCCCAGGGGGCCACGGGGGCAAAUUUCAUCAUCGCCAUUGACGAUUCCUGCCGCUUCUGGGACGAACCGCAGGACUGACUGACCAGUAGUCGUUCGCUUCUACUUCUACUUAGCACAGUACAUAUUCCGUACCCUGGCGUGCCUGGGACGACUAUAGCGUUCCAUCUCACUGACCACUCCCUACCGGACUCUGUGUGUCUCCCCUGACCACACCGCCACUUAUAUCUCAAGAACAACAGCAGCAGCAAGGCCCAUCCACGAGUCAACCAGACAACAACAAACACGACCAGCCCAAUGGUCGAAGAUAGCGUCGACCGGGCCAUCGAGGCGGCCGAGCGCGAUGCGUCGCGCCAGCGCCGGAGCGAGGAGAUCGAGCGGGUGCCCACACACUCGUCGACGUCGUCAUCGUCUUCUGAGAGAUCGCACCGCGGAAUCAGCAUGAACCGUGUCGAGACACAGCGGGACCUGGAGCGCCACCAGACCGAGCUGAGCCGCAUUCACACGCAGCGCAGCCAGCACAGUGGCACCGUUGGGAGGGAGAGGUCCAAGAGCAAGGAGUGGAAGAAGCCGCUGCCGGCAUUCGGCGCCGGCAAGCCGUACCCGCCACUGCUCCCCAACCAGGAGGACUAUGUCGUCGAGUUCGACGGGCCGGACGAUCCGCUGCAUGCCCAAAACUGGCCGCUGAGGAAGAAAAUCCCCACCGCCGUCAUGCUCGGCUUCACCACCAUGACGGCUGCUUUCGGCUCCAGCAUCUUCUCGUCCGCCACGGCAGCGGUCGGCGUCGAGUUCGGCGUCUCGUCCGAAGUCUCCCUGCUUGGCGUCUCCCUCUAUGUGCUCGGCUUCGCCACCGGGCCGACGCUGUGGGCGCCGCUGUCCGAGCUCAAGGGCCGGCGCCUGCCGCUGGUCGUGGCCAUGUUUGGCUUCUCCAUCUUCAACAUCAGCAACGCCGUGGCCAAGGAUCUGCAGACGGUGCUCAUCACGCGCUUCUUCGCCGGCUUCUUCGGCGCGUGCCCGCUGGCCGUCGUCGCCGCCGUCUUCUCGGACAUGUUCGACAACCGCACGCGCGGCAUCGCCAUCACCGUCUUCUCCAUGACCGUCUUCACCGGCCCGCUGCUGGCGCCCUUCAUCGGCGGCUUCAUCACGACGUCGCACCUCGGCUGGCGCUGGACCUCGUACAUCGUCUCCUUUAUGGGCUUCCUGGCCUUCGCGCUGGACUUCCUCUUCCUGGAGGAGACGUACCCGCCCACGAUCCUGGUCGCCAAGGCGUCGGAGCUGCGGCGGCGCACGCUCAACUGGGGCAUCCAUGCCAAGCAGGAGGAGAUCGAGGUCGACGUGCGCGAGCUCAUCAGCAAGAACUUUUCGCGGCCCAUGCGCCUGCUCUUCUUCGAGCCCAUCGUCACGCUGCUGUCCGUCUACAUGGCCUUCAUCUACGGCCUGCUGUACCUCUUCCUGACCGCCUACCCGUUCGUCUUCCAGGGCGUGCACGGCAUGUCGCCUGGCGUGGCGGGGCUGACCUUCUUCGGCAUGGUGCUGGGCCAGAUCAUCGCCGGCAUCACCGUGCUCCUGCAGCAGCCGUGGUACCAGCGCAAGCUGGCGGCUAACAACGGCGUGCCCGUCCCGGAGUGGCGCCUGCCUAGCGUCAUUGCCGGCGGCGUGGCCUUCGCCGCGGGGCUCUUCUGGUUCGGCUGGUCCGGCUACCGCGCCGACAUCCACUGGAUCGUGCCGACCUUGUCGGGCCUGCUCAGCGGCUUCGGCCUGGCCUCCAUCUUCCUGCAGGCGCUCAACUACCUGGUUGACGCCUACCUCAUGUUUGCCGCCUCCGCCAUCGCCGGCAACACCUUCCUGCGCUCGCUCGCCGGCGCCGGCUUCCCGCUCUUCUCCAGCUACAUGUUCAAGGGCAUGGGCAUCCAGUGGGCCUCGACCCUGCUGGGCUGCGUGGCCGCCGCCCUGGUGCCCAUCCCCAUCGUCUUCUACGUGUACGGCCACAAGAUCCGCGCCCGCAGCUCCUAUGCGCCGACGUUCCCGCCCCGGGGCAUGCCGGCGCCCGGGAGCGAGACCGCCGAGGAGGAUGGGGACGCAUCGAAUGAGAAGGAGGUCAUGGAGAAUGCCGCGAGCGCGAGCGUGCCCCGGUUAGAUCGGGAUGCGAGGAGCGCCGUUUGAUCGAGUAAUGCACUUCUGCCGUGCUGAGUGAGGAAGCGGCCGGUGACGUGGUGGGUUUUGGCUCUCGAAAAGAAGAAAGAAGAAAAGGCAAAAAAUUUUGCAUCCACAAGCACAUACUACUUACCAGCUAGGUAAGGUACAUGGGGUUUGU